CGGGGUUGGGAGGAGCAAGCGGACUGGUGGGCUGGGCGGACUGAGAGCGGCCGGGAGCGCGCCGUGGACUCCGCGGCCGCGAGUAGUUAGUUAGUUGUGUCAGUUGCUCGGUGGAGGCGGCCGCGAUCACCAGAAAGGGGACGGGACAGGAGGCAAUGCUGAAUAUCGCAACGGCGUGCGCUCUCCUCAGGUGUCUGUCCAACUCAGGACUUAUGCUCUAGAUGUUUCUUGGUGGUUUGCCUAGAAAACAGCAGUAAACAUUGAUACCUUCAGAAUACAGCAAUGAGAGGCAAGGAAGAAAGGACAGUCAGCUUGAGAAGACUGGAGUCACUUGGAAACUGUAAAGGAAUGUAGCACUUGCUGCCAAACUGCCUUGCUCACCCGAGAAGGAAGUGCUUCAGUAUUCAAUGAUCGAUUGUACUUAGAGGAGCUGCUAUGACAACAUAAGGAGGUGAAAACUCACAGAUGCAAAUGCACUUGCUAUGCACUGAAGGAAAAGCAUUGUCUGCGAAGUCCUAUUUUUAAAAAUGUCUGCUUGUAACACCUUUACUGAACACGUUUGGAAACCUGGUGAAUGCAAGAAUUGCUUUAAACCUAAAAGCUUGCACCAGCUUCCUCCAGACUCUGAGAAGACACCCAUCACCCACAGCAGUGUGAAAACUAAUGCCAAUCAUAGUAACAACCACCGUGUCAGGAACACCGGCAACUUCCGGCCCCCUGUGGCUAAAAAGCCCACCAUCGCUGUGAAGCCCACUAUGAUGGUGGCAGAUGGGCAAAGUGUGUGUGGUGAGCUAAGCGUCCAGGAACACUGUGAGAACAAGCCUGUCAUCCUGGGGUGGAACCAAAACAAGACUUCUCUGAGCCAGAAACCACUUAACAACAAUUCUGAAGGUGAUACUGAAGGCUUUGGCAGCGUUCCGCAGCAGUGUGCCAAUAGUGACAGCGCAAAAAAGAUAUCCAAUAACAACAACGGGCUAACUGAAGUGCUAAAGGAGAUAGCAGGACUGGAUGCCACCCCUCCAAUAAAAGGAAAUGAAACAAACUCCAGAGAAACAUUCUUGGGAAGGAUAAAUGAUUGCUACAAACGAUCGUUGGAAAGAAAGAUCCCACCUAGUUGCAUGACAGGGAGCAUGAAGGACGCCCAGGGCAAACAUGUCCUCCUAAGUGGGAGCACUGAGGUCAUCAGUCAUGAAGGGGGCAGGUUCUGCUACCCUGAGUUCUCCAGCGGCGAGGAGAGUGAGGAAGAUGUGCUUUUCAGUACCAUGGAGGAGGAGCACGAGAGCUGGGACGAGAGCGACGAGGAGCUGUUAGCCAUGGAGAUUCGCAUGAGAGGGCAGCCUCGCUUUGCCAACUUCAGGGCAAACACCCUGUCUCCCGUUCGAUUCUUUGUGAGCAAAAAGUGGAAUACUAUCCCCUUACGGAAUAAGUCCCUGCAGAGAAUCUGUGCUGUAGACUAUGAUGACAGCUAUGAUGAAAUCCUGAAUGGUUACGAGGAAAAUUCUGGGGUCUCCUAUGGUCAAGGAAGCAUUCAGAGUACAGUAUCAUCCGACUGCACAUCACCAGAUUCCUCCUUUACAGAAGAGUCACGUUCUGAAACAGCCAGCAGUUUAUCCCAGAAGAUUUGUAAUGGGGGGAUGUCUCUUGGUAACCCAGGAAAUUCUAAGGACAUAGCAGAAACUGAAUCUAAUUUUGAAAGUCCUCCUGGUAACAGCGAGGAGAAGGACUCAUCACUUACUUCCAAAAGCUCAGUGAAAGUUCCAGAGACGCACAAAGCUGUGCUCGCACUCCGCUUACAGGAGAAGGAUGGUAAGAUUGCAGUACAAACUGAGAUGCCAGAGAGCAAAGCUUCUACAGAUAUCACUGGCCAGGCAGUCACCAUAAGCCUCGUCCCAGUAGAAGAACAGACAAAGCCCUACCGCGUGGUAAAUCUGGAGCAGCCGCUGUGUAAGCCAUAUACAGUUGUGGAUGUGUCGGCAGCCAUGGCCAGCGAGCACUUGGGGCGCCCCAAGAUAAAAGGUUCAUCUUCUACUCCAAACUCUCCAGUUACAUCACCUGCAUUGACACCAGGACAAAUAAAUGCCCAUCUCAAAAAAUCCAGUGCAAUUCGAUACCAGGAAGUGUGGACUUCCAGCACCAGUCCACGACAAAAGAUCCCUAAAAUAGAAUUAAGUACUGGGGGACCUGGGCCAAAUGUUCCUCCAAGGAAAAACUGCCAUAAAUCGGCACCCACUUCACCCACGGCUACAAACAUCUCCUCUAAAACCAUCCCUGUUAAGUCACCUAAUUUGUCUGAAAUAAAAUUUAAUAGUUACAACAAUGCCGGGAUGCCACCUUUUCCCAUUAUCAUCCAUGAUGAGCCAUCCUAUGCCCGGAGUUCCAAAAACGCCAUUAAAGUUCCCAUUGUUAUUAAUCCAAAUGCGUAUGACAAUCUCGCCAUCUACAAAAGUUUUCUGGGAACAAGUGGAGAACUCUCUGUAAAGGAAAAAACUGCAAGUGUAAUAAGUCAUACUUAUGAAGAAAUAGAAUCUGAAAGCAAAGGGUCUGAUAGCACCACCAGCAAGCUCACAGACUGUCCCCAAGCUAAAGGGUUUUCCAACAGCACAGAGCGUAAAAGAGGCUCAGUAGCACAGAAGGUGCAGGAGUUUAACAAUUGUCUCAACAGAGGUCAGUCUUCUCCACAAAGAAGCUACAGUUCCACCCACAGCUCCCCAGCAAAAAUCCAGAGACCCACUCAAGAGCAUGUGGGCAAAAUAGAAGGGGCACAAGGGUCUCAGGUACCAGGUGGCAGCAGCAGCACCAGGGAGAAAGCAAGCGCUGUCCUAUGUCAGAUUGUGGCAUCUAUCCAACCCCCCCAGACUCCUCCAGAAGCACCUCAAUCUAGCCCUAAGGCUUGCAAUGUGGAAGAGCUUUAUGCCGUUCCUCCAGAUGCAGAUACUUCAAAAAGUAUUCCUAAAAACCCACCAGUCAGACCCAAAUCUCUCUUUACAUCUCAGUCUAGUGGGGAAGGUGAGGCCCAUCAGACCACAGAAAGCCCUACUACCAAAACUCAGAAAGAUCCAUCCACAAAGCCAGUGACUUCUCCUCCCCCCAAAUUGGUGACAAGUGCCCAGAGUGAGCCCCCGCCUCCCUUUCCCCCACCACGGUCUACUUCCUCCCCUUACCAUGCAAGUAACCUGUUGCAGAGGCAUUUUACCAAUUGGACGAAGCCAACCAGUCCCACCAGAUCAACAGAAGCUGAAUCAGUUUUGCAUUCUGAAGGCAGCAGGCGAGCCGCUGAUGCAAAACCUAAACGCUGGAUAUCAUUUAAAAGCUUCUUCCGCCGCCGAAAAACAGAUGAGGAAGAAGAGAAGGAGAAAGAGCGAGAGAAAGGGAAGCUGGUGGGCCUGGACGGGACAGUCAUCCACAUGCUGCCGCCCCCUCCAGUACAGCGCCAUCACUGGUUCACAGAGGCAAAAGGAGAGUCCAGUGAGAAACCUUCCAUAGUCUUCAUGUACAGGUGUGACCCUGAUCAAGGCCACCUCAGUGUGGAUCAAGGCAAGGCUGGGACAGAGAAAGGAGGAACCCAGGAGGUCUUACUGCGGAAGUCAGAAGAGAAGAAAAGUAGUCAUCCUCCAUCUCAGGUUCCUGACAAAGCUUGCAGUCGUGUGACCCAUGAAGUGGCAGAGGAACUUUCUCCUCGGGAUCCAAGAACUGCUGUGAAGCAAGAUGGCACUUCAGUCACACCAACACUGCCUCCACCUGACCUGGAAAGGGAAGAAGAAAAAGGUGAUACUUCGGAUCCUACCGACAUGAGUCCCUGCAGCGCAACCUACAGCAACUUAGGACAAUCUAGAGCAGCUAUGAUACCUCCCAAGCACCCACGGCAUCCCAAGGGAGCAUUGGAUGAUGCCAUUGCCUUUGGAGAGAAGACAGACCAAGAAGUAUUGAAUGCUUCCCAACCCACACCACCCCCACUGCCAAAGAAAAUGAUACGAGCCAAUACAGAGCCAAUCUCCAAAGACCUUCAGAAAUCCAUGGAAAGUAGUCUUUGCGUCAUGGCUAAUCCCACCUAUGAUAUUGAUCCCAACUGGGAUGCCAGCAGUGCUGGGUCUUCUAUUAGCUAUGAACUCAAGGGACUGGACGUUGAGUCUUAUGAAUCUUUGGAGAGACCGUUGCAUAAGGAGAGACCUGUUCCUUCAGCAGCAAACAGUGUCUCCAGCUUAACCACUCUCAGUGUUAAGGACAGAUUUUCCAACAGUAUGGAAUCACUCUCUAGCCGACGUGGUCUCUCCUGUAGACAGACUCGAAGCAUCCAGAAGCCACAGAGACAAGCACUUUAUCGAGGACUUGACAAUCGGGAGGAAGUGGUAGGUAAGCUCCGAAGCCUUCAUACAGAUGCCUUGAAGAGACUGGCAGUUAAAUGUGAAGACCUCUUCAUGGCUGGGCAGAAAGACCAGCUCCGCUUCGGAGUGGACAGCUGGUCAGACUUCAGGCUAACCAGCGACAAGCCGUGCUGCGAAGCUGGAGAUGCUGUUUACUACACUGCCUCGUAUGCAAAAGAUCCACUCAGUAACUAUGCAGUCAAGAUCUGUAAGAGCAAAGCUAAGGAGUCUCAGCAGUAUUACCACAGCCUGGCUGUCCGGCAGAGUCUGCCUGUACAUUUUAACAUCCAGCAGGAUUGUGGCCACUUCCUUGCUGAAGUCCCUAACCGUCUGCUACCCUGGGAGGAUCCUGAUGCUCCUGAAAAGGCAGAGGAUGGCCCUGAAGACAGCGAGGAAGAGGUGAAAACAGAGCCUGCGGGGGGAAAUCCUGAACCCUGCUCUGAAACAGAGGCAUCCCAGAAUGAGAGCCAACGAGUCACAAACAGGAAGCAACGAAGCCAUGUUGUGGUCAUCACCAGGGAGGUUCCCCAUCUCACUGUGGCCGACUUCGUGCGAGAUUCUUUGGCCCAUCAUGGGAGCAGCCCUGACUUAUAUGAGAGGCAAGUGUGUCUGCUGCUCCUACAGCUGUGCUCUGGUCUGGAGCACCUCAAGCCCUACCACGUCACUCACUGCGAUCUUCGUCUGGAGAACUUGCUGCUUGUUCAGCACCAACCUGGGGGAGCUGCCCAGGGCCCUUCACCUGCAGACCCCUGUCCCACCUCAGCCUGUCCCACAAGGCUCAUUGUAAGUAACUUCUCUCAGGCCAAGCAGAAGAGCCAUCUGGUGGACCCCCAGAUCCUCCGAGACCAGUCCCGCCUUGCCCCAGAGAUCAUCACGGCCACCCAGUAUAAGAAGUGUGAUGAAUUCCAGACAGGCAUCCUCAUCUACGAGAUGCUGCACCUGCCCAACCCUUUUGAUGAGAACCCCGAGCUCAAGGAGAAGGAGUACACACGCACAGAUCUGCCUCGGAUCCCUCUCCGCUCCCCGUACUCUUGGGGUCUACAGCAGCUUGCUAGCUGCCUGCUGAACCCCAACCCUUCUGAGCGCAUCCUCAUUUCUGACGCCAAAGGCAUCCUCCAGUGUCUGCUCUGGGGCCCCCGAGAAGAUCUCUUCCAAAUCUUCACCGCCUCCACAACCCUUGUACAGAAGAACGCUCUACUCCAAAACUGGUUGGACAUCAAGCGAACCCUGCUGAUGAUCAAGUUUGCCGAGAAGUCCCUGGACAGAGAUGGGGGCAUCAGCCUUGAGGACUGGCUUUGUGCUCAAUAUCUGGCCUUUGCCACCACAGACUCCCUGAGCUAUAUUGUAAAAAUCCUGCAAUACCGUUAAUAUGGCCCGGGCGUUGCUUUUACUGUUAACAAUCUCCACCUUCCUCAUGUUAUCCUCCUGCCCCUGUCCUGUAUUCACUCAGAAUUCAAGGAAAAGAAAGAAGGCAACUGCUGCCCCUGUCCAGGAACAUGGGCUCCAUUCAGCAAGGUCACCUACAGCUUCCCACAGAGUGAGUGGCUGAGUCUUUCUUUACUGUAUAGCAAUUCAACUGCACAAACAUGCAGUCACCUUCCCUUGGAAUAUUUGUCAUCCCAAUAGUCUCACAAAUGCAGGGUAAAAAAUGAAAGUGCACAUCCAGGAAGGCCCAGCUCCCGUGGAAUGAUCUCAGCAAGCUGUGUCCCGCUCUUCUGAAGUUCGCCUGCGCUAACUAGCUAACAGUACACAUGUCACCAGCCUCAGCUGUCACCCACUCAUGCUCUCGCAGCAGACUCCUCUGCCUUUAAGGUAUCAGUACCUGCCUCUUUCCCAGGAGGACAUGCCGUAUCCUUCUCGCACAGUUGUAGUCACUGGGGACCAGCCUUUGUUCUGGCAUACAGUGAAAGGAGGAGAGAGAUUCCCAUCCGCCGGAUCAUGGGUCCGUUUCCAUUUUUGUUCUCAGCAAAGGUCGGACACUGCACAGAGAGCCACCCGGCAGCCACAACCCUGCUGCCACUGCUUCACUGUCCUCCCUGUCCCACCUGCUGAAGUUCGGGUUUACCAUCCACUUCCUGUGGCCCAUUACAAAGCUGACCAAAGGUGGUGUCGCCGAUGCCUCGGCAGGAUCAAAUACAGUCCAGAGAUUAUGAAUAGUUGGCAGGAUAUGAAGAAAUAAUGUCCUUAUGUGUGCAAUUCUCCAGGGGCCCUCAGGGAACAGACUUCAAAUACUGUUCUUUGAUUACUGUCAGACCUAUCAGCAUGGCAGCCAGGACUGGUGGUGCCUGAAUCAGAGUUUCUUCCCCCACAAGCAGUAAUUGGCCAGCUUCCUUCCAUCAGUAACCAGUAUUAACUAAUCUGCCGAAUGCUGCCGGCAACAGUUCUGAAUGAGAUGGUUAUCUGUUUAGCAUUACCAUCACCUUAGAAAGUGACUGGCUAUUAUUGGAAUGGCCGGAAGGCAAGGGAAACGGGAAAGGCCACGAAGAUGGCUGACCUGUACAUUGGAGUGGCAGCCUCUUCCAGAAAGACUGCCUCCCAGAGUGAGUGGCACACUGCUCCUAAGACUGCAGUGGGUCUGGAGUUCGGCUCACAGGAAGGCUGAUGGCUGCAGUGGAUGACUGAGAGUUGUUCCCCUGUGGAGCCCAUGCUCUCCCGUGAAUUAUGUGCAAUUUUUGUAUGUAUUUUUAAGCUGUAUAUUACAGUGUUUAUGUUGCGACUUUGCCUGAGUGAGAACUGCAGAAACCUUCCUGACUUCCCUUGGCACAUAUCUGUGCUGAGGCGAGUGUCCUCUCCACCUGUGUGUGUACGCUCAUGCGCUUGUUUUAUUCAAAACUGUGAGUCUCUGUUUACUUCAGCCUUGAAAUCCCAAGAGUCACUUGAAUGGUAAGUGUGUAUGUGUGUAUGUGUGUGUAACCAUGUUGCAUGCACAUGCUGGAGAUAGGCCUCUGGGGAAGCAACCUGUGGUGGGGUGGACAGAACUGUUCUGGGUACCUUGAUGGUGAGGAAACCCAGAAAGCCCUCAUCCACCAGCGUGGAGUUGUCUUACAGCCAAGACUGAUUGUGCAGUAUUAUUUGGGUGGCACCUUAGUGGCCUUGGAAACUUCUAGACUUUUAACAUUUUUAACAGCCUUUCACGUGAUUCCCCUUUAUCAAAGAGGAUCAAAAAAGGAGAAUGUAUUUUAUUAUGCAUUUUAAAAGAGAACAAUAUGUAUGAGGCUGCAUCUGGAGGAUGGCUUUGUGUUCCUGGCUAUUGCUCCAGACCCCCAGGAAGGAGGACUCGUGGCCCACAGGGUCUGUGGCUCCUACACAGGAUGACCAUGGAAUGGGCAGCCAUGACUCAUGGCUGCACCAUGCCCAGCAGGCUAGGGUUUGAGUCAUCUUACAUAGCCCAUGUAUGUGCACAUAACUCCCUGCCUAAUUAUGCACUGAACUGGCAGCGUAAAGCCCACUGACCAUGUCAGCUGGCACAGGCCUUCACUUCCCACAGUGCUUGCAGAUUGAGACAUCCUUCUCCAUGCCACGCUCAUGGUGCCUUGCCCACGUAAAUCUGAAUGUUGACUAUUUAAUGAGAUUACAUAUUUAAUGCAGAAUGUUCCCUAGGCUCCUUUGUUUGUUCUGUCUGUAGAAAUCUCUUUUUUUCUGUUAUCUUAGAUUCAACCUUCUUUGACUAGAAAAAGCGUGCACUCUGCCACUACCAGUGUCCCCCUACAUUGGUAAACCAAGCAUCUUCCCUCCACAGGACUCUCACCCUUCUUAUGGCCACACUAGUGAAGGACAAAGAUGAAAGCCAGCUGACAGGAAAGGAGCCUCCGGCUUUCUACAGACAGGAGUUAAUUCUCUCUGGGAGUGUGGCCUCAAAAUGGGGCCAGGGAAGAAGGUGUCCAGGUCAGGUCAGAGCAGAGACAAGAGCUACAUUUCUAGGCAAGAAGUCCAUCAGGUGGUCCUCUGUGCAUUUCUCCAAAUAAUGAAAUUCUGUCCAUAUAACAUUAUCAUAGAUACUGUACAUUUCCAUUUAGAUUCAUUCACUAACUGGAAAGAAAUCCUCCCCUCUGCAGCCACAUACACACAUUUUAUAUAUAUACAUAUAUUAUGAGUUUUGGAGUGUUACUAGUAUAGCACUUGAAGUUUUCACAAGUAACAUCUGUAUUGACUGGAUUUUUUUUUCUUUUCUAUUAAAGUCUAUGCCAUAGAUUCUUCCAUUUCUAUUGAGAGUUGGAACAACUAAGCCCCACUGGAACUUUUCCUUAAGCCUCAUGAACAGUCUCUCGGCACAUGUAGGUGCUAGAGAAACAGGACUGUGGCUAGAGCAGGCAAGAGCAAGAAUCAAUGUCCCUCAGAGUGCCUUGUUAGCAUAGUAACCGAGCCAUGGAGAGAAGAGCCUCCUGGGCCUCAGAGAGCUCUCCGGGAAUGCAUGUAACCACACAGUGUGCCAAAGUUCACUGUGAAGGGCAGCGUGGAUGAGCAAAUGAACAGUCAGAACAGAUGUGGGGAAGCUGUAAAGGUCAUGAACAUCGCCAACCCCAAGGCCAAGUUAGAGAAGGCAGGCCAAUAGCAGUGGGCCUCGGGACUGUUCUCAGGAGGUGGGCUGGAUAAGAUCCAGGGGGAGUGAGGGCCCCACCGCUGCCACUGAGGGCCAAGAAGAAAGUCCCUCAAGAACUGGUCAGCUCAGCCUGCCUUCAUCAGGCCAGAGGAGCCAGUUCUGUUCCUGAGCUCAGGGUGUUCAUGAAGAUGGGAGUCUAAAGCUCUGGGAAGACAUGCUUCCAGGAGGAAAGCCUCUGCCAUCACCAGAUCCCCAGGCACAAUCCUGAAGCCCACUCAGCAGUAGGUCAUGCAAGCUUUCCAAGUUUGAUGUAUCCAGUAUUGGAAAAUCAGCAGAUAUCAGCUGGUAACCUGCAGUGAGAAUGUCCUGUAGCCUUUACCUAGAGGCAUCUGAAAAGAUACAGGCUAGUCUCAAAAUUUGGGAUGGAUUUAGGAGGCUUCAUUAUAGUCUUAAGUAAUCCUGGGUAUAGAUAAAGCAUGUACAAAACAGGACGAGAACUCACUCUGGGCCAGCUCUGGCACGCUUGUCACUCCUCUCACUGGUGGGUAAGGAUUGGGAUUCUGGUCCAGCCUAGUAACUGAACAGAAUGGCUGCCCAUAAAACUGGGUUAUUAGAUUUACCUCAUUGAAGCUCAUUUUCUCAGAGGCCCAAAGUGCUGCGCUGCUGAAGUGUGCACUGAAGUCCAUCUAUCUGCUCACACUCACAGUGGUGCACAGGUGGGGACGCCAUGGACCAAGAUCAGUGCCCCAAGGGAAGUCAGAAGAGCCAUAAUACAAGAUCCUAGACAGGUUAUACCAAAGAAACCAAGCCUUCCUCAUCCUGACACUUCUUAGAUGAUGGGGUAAGCUAUGCCAGAGGAAGGGGUUUUGCAAACAUUCCAUGUUCAAGGGAUUUAACUGGUAAGUCCAUCCCCAAACCAAGAAAAAAAUAAAAUAAAAAGCUCUCUGUUAGUUUCAAGCGGGCCGUUUGUACAUCAGAAGAAAAGGUGAAGGGAGUGGCAGCAGCAGAGCAGACAGCAGAGUCCUCUGAUAUCUAAGAAGAACUUUCCAGCCCACUCGCACUCUCACCAUGCCUGCCUAUCUCCCAGACCUUAAGCAUGGGAGCACAUCUGUAAUAUCGAAGCUUGGGUUUGCAGUGAUUUUUUUUUCUUAAAAAGAGGUGCUGUCAAAAGAUUUGUUUAAUGAACUCUUGGGACAUUUCUUAAGCCACUGUACCGUUUUAUGAACUUUCCCACAAAGGUGACUCUCACUCAGCAUCACCAUCAUGUAAUGUGUAAGUACCCAGAAUGUCCAAGGUGCUAUACAGCUGUUACACACCUACCCCUGCAGCUGUUUUAAAUUGGAGACUUCUGCAUCGCUGCCACUGGACAUUUUGCCCAUGUAGAUGAGCCACAGGGGUCUGCAUCCUGAGUACCCUUUAUACAUUCCCCCUUCAGGAGCCUCUAUGUCUGUCCCUGUCCCUGCUUCCAAUCCCAUCCCACCCACCCCAUGGUUUUUUUAAAAAUCAAGAAAGUUUCAGGGAAUCAAAAGAGGUUGGAAUUUUUUUUAACCCAGCAGAAUCGCAGAGUUAUAUAUUUUGCUAUGAAUAUUGUUGUGGUACAGAAAAAUCUACUUUGCCUGUUGGUUUGUGGCGAGUAUGUGUGUCUGCACUCUUGGUAACGUGAAUGUUGAGCCAGCCCUAUGGCUUCAGUGUAGUGUUGUUGGAAGAUUAAACCACGCAGCUUCAGGAAACCUACUCAAGUCCUCCCGUCCUCGUUGCCCGUCCCCUUCUAGUUCUCGAGAGCAUUGUGUGUAGACACACUGGGCUGGGUUGUCUCUUCAUGACACAGGGCAUUUUGUUGGGAGGUGGAGGCAGAAGCAAGAUGUCACCUGUCUCAGUGAAUUGAAUCAUGACAGUCCUUAUUCUAAUAUCUCUAAUUAUCCAUGGCACUGCCCACAUUCUGCUUCGGAAAAUCUUGUUUCUCAUCCUUCAGUGCUUUACCCAUCUCCUUUCAUAUUUUACAAUUGUAUGAAUCAAUAACAGGUCCCUAUGUCACCAGUGGCGCCUCCCUUUGGUUUGCUGUGGUACUUUGCUGUGUACUCUGGCCUCACGUUACUGUGUAAAUAAAUUCUGUUUAAUAUACACUAAAAACCAGACUUGAA